AUGGGCGGAGGACAUGGCGGAGGUAUGACUUAUAAGGGAGUCACUGUGCAAACUCCAAAGACGUGGCAUUCCGUCACCGGAAAAGGCUUGUGCGCCGUUAUGUGGGCAAAGAAAGAUGGUCCUGUAGUAAUGGGAUGGAGACACCCGUGGGAUGGGCAUGGUGAUCACGGUCACGGUGAUCAUCACUAG